AUUGGCAACACGUUCAUGAAUAACGUCAUCAUUAAUUCAUGUGAUUCAUUGCCGUUUCGAAUUGAUCAUCAUCAUCAUCAUAAUGAAUAAUCAUCAUAAAUCUAGUUUCAUUUUACUGAUAUUUAUCAUUUCUCUAAUUAAUUGUGAUGAAAAAAGUUGGAAACAAAAAGAUAUCCGUGAUUAUAAUGAUGCCGAUCUUGAACGUCUUUUUGAUCAAUGGGAAGAGAAUGAAGAACCAUUGCCUGAUGAUGAAUUACCUGAACAUUUACGGAAACAAUCACCACAAAUUGAUAUGACAAAAAUGGAUUUUUCAAAUCCAGAAAAUGUUUUAAAAUUAAGUAAAAAAGGUAAAACAUUAAUGUCAUUUGUUUCGGUGGAUGAUAAUCCAACACGUGAUGAAACUGAAAGUAUUACAUCAUUAUGGCAAUCAAGUCUACAGAAUAAUCAUAUCAUUGCCGAUCGUUUUAUUGUUGAUGAUAAUCGUGCUAUAUUCAUGUUUAAAGAUGGUGCACAAGCAUGGGAUGCUAAAGAAUUUUUAAUACAACAAAAACGAUGUAAAGAUGUUACCAUUGAGAAUAAAGUUUAUCCAGGCAAAUAUUCGAAACAGAAGAAAAAAGAAGAAUUGUAAUUGAAUUUUUAUUUGUAAAAUUUUUUGUUGAAAUAAUAAUAAUAAUAA